AUGACAGAGAAGCCAAAAGUGCUCAACCUUGGGCCAGUCAGAUAUGCGUCUGAUGCCUGGAAGAAACUGGAAGAGAUCGCCGACGUGGUCUAUACCGAUGCCACCAACAGAGAUGAGUUCAUUCAAGAGCUUAAAUCUGGAAAGUUUGACGGCGUGGUGGCAAUUGCCAAAACUGCUGCUAGCACCAGGAUUACUGGUAGGUUGGACGCUGAACUGAUUCAGUAUUUACCUAAGAGUCUUCGAUCGGUGAGCAAUAAUGGCGCUGGCUAUGACACCAUUGAUGCCGUGCCAUUAGGUGAAAGAAGGAUCCAAUUGAGUAACGUUCCUAGAAUUGUGGACGCCGCCACUGCGGAUACACAUGUCUUCCUCCUUCUUUCUGCAAUUAGAAACUUUCAAUGGGGUCACGAUUUGAUGCUGAAAGGCCAGUGGGUUCCCGGAAACAAAGCCGCUGGGGCUCCUGACGGACAUGACCCGGCUGGGAAAGUAGUUGGAAUCUACGGAAUGGGAGGCAUCGGAAGAGCUAUUCGGGAUCGUUUGAAGCCAUUCGGAUUCAAGAAGAUCACCUAUUACAACCGUAAGAGAUUGGAUCCCGAUUUGGAGGAUGGUGCGGAGUACGUUGAUCUGGACACUUUAUUGAGGGAAUCAGAUAUCAUCUCGGUUAAUAUUCCUUUGAACAAGCAUACACGCCAUGCUCUCAAUAAAGAGACCAUUGCCAAGACGAAGAAAGGUGUUGUGAUUGUAAACACUGCCAGAGGAGCUAUCAUUGAUGAGGAAGCGCUUUUCGAAGCAUUGAAAUCUGGCCAUAUUGGUGCAGUAGGAUCUGACGUUUUCGAAUUUGAACCCAAAGUGUCUCAAGAACUUUUAGAGUUGCCCAAUUUGGUGUCGUUACCACAUAUGGGCACUCAUACUUACGAGACCUCGCUGCACAUGGAGGAACAUGUAGUUGACAAUAUCCGGAAUGUACUGGAAAAAGGCAAGGUGUUGAGUUUGGUACCGGAACAUGUCGACCUUGAGUUUGACACAACCCCUAUCAUAAAAUAG